ACUUUGUAGUGCAUUCCUGCCACUUUUUUUUUUUUUUUUUUACCCAGAACACGUCUAGUUGGGGCUUGUCCUUUUAUGUUUGUUUUUUAGUAGCUCGUGUGUGCAGGGUCCACAAGUCUGCGUUUGUUUCUACACAGCUGCUCAAGAUGUGGAAACAGCAUGCAAAGGCACUCAAAACGUUUCCAGUCGUUUUCUAAGAGGUGUCACAUGAACUUUUGGUCUUAAAAAAAAAAAAAAAAAAAGCCGAGUAAAAAUUGAACGUGAUACUACACUAAACUUGAUAUGUGUGAUAGCAGAGGGUUGCAGAUAGGAUUUCUCGGCCUUUCGUUUUUCCUCCCGUAUGCACAGUGACUUUUCGUCGGUCAGAUUUGGCACCAGAUGGGUGGGACUUGGAAGUGUGUGUCACCUAUGGGAAAUACAGACAAGCACUCUCCUCCUCUUGGAAAACAUCGACCGGCGUAGGCUGAAAUAAUGCUCUUUUCUGCCUGAUUCCGGUGUGUUUUGUCUUAUGGGCCCGCAUAAGGAGUAGCUGUGCCUGGUGAGCCGCUUUCAAACUGACAUACAAUGGCCAGUCCAGAGGAGGACCUGAUCGAGCCCGUGGUUGACAGCUCAACGGCCCAAAACCUGGGCAGAAGGCGCUUCACACAUGACCACCACCAUCUGAGUCCAGAGGAAAUCGAUGGCCUCAUGCACAGCAGUGAGGGCCGUCCUUUCCUGGUGGUGCAUCAUCUUCAGGAUGUGAAGGACGAGGGAAUACCUUUCCUGAUGCCUGGUACACCUGUCACAUGCAGAGUUGACAACACAGAGAAAUAUACUACUCGCUCCAAGGUCCGUGUGGGCACCCUGUACACUGUGCAGCUAACACAUGGCCAGUUCCAUUGGACGGUGAAGAGGAAGUACAAACACUUCCAAGAGCUGCAUCGAGACCUUUACAAGCAUAAGAUGAUGCUGCACUUCCUGCCUCUGGGAAGAUUUGCAAAGGAGAGGCAGCAGCUAAGGGCCAUGUCUGAGGAACUGCCCAACCUGCACGGGACUGAACGAACCAGAAGGACAUCCAGCAAAAUGAAAUACCUCGAGGAGUACCUAAACGGUCUGUUGGAGAACUCAUUCUGUAGGAGUGACCACAGCAUGCUGGAAUUCCUUUCUGUCAGCACGCUCUCCUUCGUCACUGAUCUCGGACCCAAAGGCUUGGAAGGGCCCAUCUUCAAGAGGUCAGGGGGUCACCGUAUCCAAGGCCUGAACUGCAUCGGCCACCAUCAGUUCUGUUUCCGCUGGUCCCGCCGCUGGCUGGUGGUCAAAGACUCUUUCCUGCUGUACAUGAACCGAGACAACGGGGCCAUCUCCUUUGUGCUGCUGUUUGACCCAGAGUUCAAAGUUAAAGUGGGCCGUGCUCACACAGACACCAAAUAUGGAGUCUGCAUUGAGAACUUCACUCGAAAUCUGAUCAUCAAGUGCAGCAACUACAGACAGGCUCAGUGGUGGAGUCAUGAAAUCAACAGGAUAGCAGAAUCCUGCGAUUUUCUCAAAGUGCAUCGUUUCGAAGGGUUUGCACCACCGCGGGAGGAAACACUCACUAAAUGGUAUGUAAAUGGUAGUGGCUACUUUGCAGACCUGGCUGAUGCUCUUGAACAAGCCAAGGAGGAAAUCUUCAUCACAGACUGGUGGCUCAGCCCUGAAGUGUUUCUGAAGAGACCAGCUAAUGAUAUAUACUGGCGUCUGGAUCAGAUUCUGAAACGCAAAGCGGAACAAGGUGUCAAAGUGUGUGUACUGCUCUAUAAAGAGGUGGAGCUCGCACUAGGCAUCAACAGUGACCACAGCAAGAGAACUCUGAUGAAUAUGAACCCCAACAUCAAGGUAAUGCGACAUCCUGAUCAUGUAUCAUCUGUGGUGUUCCUGUGGGCUCACCAUGAGAAGAUGGUGGCCAUUGACCAAACAGUUGCCUUUGUUGGGGGCAUUGAUCUAGCAUUUGGGAGGUGGGAUGACAGCCAGUACCACCUAACUGACCUGGGCUUGACAGAGACAGCCAACCAUGCAGUGGAGACGGAGCCAGGGGACACUGCAGAAACAGAAACCGAUGCCUCUGUUAACAAGGACAAUGGGAUGGUUGAGGGUCUAAAGGCAUCAGAGCCAGUGCAGGAAGCAGAGCAGAACCCUGAGAAUCUGACUGGCAACACUAAACUGUGGCUUGGCAAAGACUACAGCAACUUUAUCAGGAAAGACUGGAAUCAGCUGGACCGCCCAUUUGAAGAUAACAUUGACCGGACUCAAGUUCCUCGCAUGCCGUGGCGUGAUCUGUCUGCAGCUAUUCAUGGCAAAGCAGCCAGGGACGUGGCCCGCCACUUCAUCCAGCGUUGGAACUUCACCAAGAUCUUUAAGAACAAGUACAAGGAUGACUUUUACCCCUACCUACUACCUAAGUCUCACUCCACUGCAGACUCACUGCAGUUCACUGUGCCUGGAUCCAAGAAAGCCAAAGUGCAGGUGUUGCGCUCUGCAGAUCGCUGGUCAACUGGAACGUGUGAGAACUCAAUCCUCAAUGCCUACAUCCACACCAUUGAGAACAGCGAGCACUACAUCUACAUUGAGAACCAGUUCUUCAUCAGCUGUGCCGAUGGGAAGCAAGUUCACAAUGGAAUCGGCGAUGCCAUCGUGAAACGAAUCCUGCGUGCACACAGAGAGCAGAAGAAGUACAGAGUGUUUGUGGUGGUUCCUCUGCUUCCUGGUUUUGAGGGAGACAUCAAUGAGGGAGGUGGAAACGCCAUCCAGGCUAUACUGCACUUCACUUACAGGACAAUGUGCCGAGGAGAGCACUCCAUCCUGUCCAGACUGAGUGAAGUUAAGGACCAGUGGACUGAGUACAUCACCCUGUGUGGCCUGAGAACACACUCCCAGCUCUCCCAGUCACUUGUCACAGAGCUCAUCUACGUUCACAGCAAGACCCUGAUUGCCGAUGACCGCUGCUAUAUCAUCGGCUCGGCCAACAUCAAUGACCGCAGCAUGCUUGGCAGCAGAGACAGUGAGUUGGCAGUGUUUGUGGAAGAUGAAGAGAGGGUCCCAUCCACCAUGGGAGGGGAGGAGUACCAGGCAGGACCCCUCACUCUGGCUCUGCGAAAAGAGUGCUUCAGUGUUCUUGUUGGAGCAGCUUCAGACCCCAGUAUCAACAUUGACGAUCCAAUCAGUGACGAAUUCUUCUUUGUGGUGUGGAAUGCAUCCGCUAAAUUGAACGCCACGAUUUAUGACAAGGUCUACAACUGCCUUCCCUGCAACGCUGUGCACAACAUGCGAGAACUGAAGGAGCAUUCCAGCAAACCGCGUCUGUGUGACACCAACCCGGAGCAGGCCAAGGAGGAGUUGAAAGCCAUCCGAGGGCUGCUGGUCUACUUCCCGCUGAAGUUUCUGUGUGAGGAGAGUCUGCUGCCUUCGCUGGGCAGCAAAGAGGGCAUGGCCCCUGUAGGGCUGUGGACGUAACAGGACAUAACAUGGUCGGCCGUAGAGGCCCGGAUCAAACUGCUACUAACAACUGAAGGGCUACUUUAACCAGAUGCCCAAUCCAUUUAGUUUUUUAGCUCAUCAGUGAACUAAACUACUUACAGCACUAUCACUUCUAUGGUGAGAAAAAAAAUACCUAACAUGUUUAUUGUUACAUUUUCACCAGUUUAAUACGAUAUAUUUGUUGACCAUUCAUGUUUUUAUAUUCUCUACAUGACUGAAGAUGGGCUAUUAUGAAUAUAACCACUGAAAUGUAGAUUUUUUUUAACCACUGAUAUUUUUUUAUAAGAGUAGAUAACCUGUAUUACCCAGAUUGUUUGUGAUGGUUGCAUUGGCUUUAUAACAUCCACAAUGCAAUCUGAACUAUAGGGCCGAUGGUGGUGCAAAACACAUAUAAAUGAAUGUAUGAGUCAUGAGGAGGAAUGGGAGGUUGUAUUAGAAGUCAAGCAUCUCAGAUGAUCGGGGAACAUAGUGUACAUUUAUUGUAGCAAGGUUUUUGGGUGGGUGGGUGGAUCUCUCUCUCUCUCUCCCUCUCUGUAUUUUCUGUCUCUUUUUCUCUGUCUCUAUCUCUCUGUGUUUCUCUCUCCUUCUCUCUCUCUCUCUCUCUCUCUCUCUCUCUCUCUCUCUCUCUCUCUCUCUCUCUCUCUCUCUCUCUCUCUCUCUCCCCCUCUCCUUCUCUCUCCCAGGCUUCACCUCUCACUGCAGUGCCAGCAAAUCUGUCAGAACAUUUGUGGUUGUUAUGGUGACGGAUAUAAAGAGAUGACAAGAUUGUAGCUGAAAUAAAGACUGGAUAGGGCAGAAAAGGAUAAGAUUGAUAAGAGGGAUAGCUUACUAAAUCAGGAUUGUGUAUUGGGAUGUAAUACCAAGGCAAUGCAGAAGGAGAUGACGGACAGUUUCUGUGGAAGCGAAAUCUUUUUAAUGGCAUAAGGUGAAUGACCAGGUGAAAAAAAUGUGUGAAGAAAGGGCAACGAAGAAAGAAAAUUAAGGGGUAUACUGAUAUUUUUUGAUACAUUUUUUUUUGUCACCAUGACAACCAAGUGAAUUAUUAUUUAACCAUGUUGUCAGUGCUCCAGAACAUUCCACUAUCCACUUGGUUUAGAGAAAGCUGUGUAAAGCAGAGCCACAGACUGUUUGGCCAUUGCUUUGCCAACAUCUCCAGUAAUUUCCAUGCAGGGUUCAUAUUCCUUUGUCCGGUUCCUGAUAAAUGUUUUGCAUUUCUACCCUAUAUUAAUUUGCUUGUGCUAGGGAUUUGUUUAGGUGCAUUGCAUAAAGCCUCUUAAAUAGUUUCUUAAGCUCAAGGGUUGCAUUGUGGUUUGCCACUGCAGCUGAGUAACGAGUUGGCUUUCGCUCAUGGCGCAAUUCCCAUGAACUGCUGAGAUUAGUAUUUUUGAGCAUUAGCAAGUCCGAUUUUUAUCUGCAGCAGCAAAGAAUUUAAGAUUUAGUUGAUAUAUAAUCAUGCAUGUUCAUUUAUUUUCUUUAAAUUUGCUCUUUCAAUUUGCAUACCUAUCAGGACUUGAAUGACUACUAUUGAGCUAAAAGUCUUGCACCAGGCAAAUACCUGGCUCUAAAUGCAGAGCAAGUACUUUGGCUACUUAAUGAAUUAUCUUGAGCCACAUGCACAUGCAUGCCCUUCUCUUGAAAUACUCUGUUGCUUGAUUUGGAAAUAUCAGCCAUCUCAACAGCAGGCAAUUAUUUAAAACAUCCUCUCUAAUGAAGAGAAAUGCACUAACAGCACGUCUGACCAUUAAUGAAAGGUUGACAGACAAACAUCUUAAAGGGGUUUUUAUGCAGCUGGGCACAGCUCUAUGGCUUUUUCCUAAUUCAGUAACUUGAGAGUCAACACUUGACCGAUGCAAUGUAAUUUAGGGCAUUUUUACAUGUUUGAAGACAGCUUUUCUAAAAUGGCACAUAUCCCGGCCAAACUCUGUCACUGGCUCUGUAAAACAUCAUAAUUAUGUCUCAAGGUUUGUUUUUUUUUUUUUUUUUUUUUUUAGGAAGCAGAGGAGAGGAGCAGUCAAGUGGUAUGUGAGGCUUGUGAAUGGAAAUGUAUUAUGUGUUACAUUGCUUGUGUUUAGUCUACACUGGAGCACCUUUCACACAGGAAAGCCAGUAUAAACAUCUGUAUUUAGAAAUGGUGCACCGCUGGUUUCAGAAAUAUUCACUGUUUCCCCUUGGAAGUCACCAAAAUACCACUACAAUCUGGAGAUUUGCUCACACUUCUUGUACAGCACAAAAUGGCUUCUUUGAGUUGUAUUCUCUCUUAAAGGUUCCUCAAAAAUGCCUUGAUAAACUGUGGAAAAUCAACUGUACUGUUUUCUGUCAUGAAUUUUAUUUCUACUGGACCAAUAGCCUUCUUUAUCAAUACAUGUUUAUUAAUAUAUUACUAAUAAAAGCUCAUAUUUUCAA